UUUUUUCUAAAGAUUUAUUUAUUUAUUUUAUGUAAAUACACUGUAGCUGUCUUCAGACACUCCAGAAGAGGGCAUCAGAUCUUGUUACAGAUGGUUGUGAGCCACCAUGUGGUUGCUGGGAUUUGAACUCCGGACCUUCAGAAGAGCAGUCGGGUGCUCUUACACACUGAGCCAUCUCACCAGCCCCGGCAUGGUUUUCUGAGACCACUUCUGUGAACUCUACUAUGUACCCAACUUGUUUUACACAGUCGUCUUUUUUUUUUAAAGAUUUAUUUAUUCCUGUGAUUGUCAAACAGAUCUGGAAAAGUGGAGGAAACUGGCUCAAAUUUCUUACUUUCUCUGCCUCUCAUUCGAGACAGGGUUUCUCUGUAUGGCCCUGGCUGUUCUGGAACUCACUCUGUAGACCAGGCUGGCCUUGAACUCAGAAAUCACCUGCCUCUGCCUCCCAAGUGCCGGGACUAAAGGCGUGCGCCACCACUGCCUGUAUUUUAUGUAUAUGAGUACACUGUAGCUUUACUGAUGGUUGUGAAUCAUCAUGUGGUUGCUGGGAAUUUGAAUUCAGGACCUCUGCUUAUCUGGUUGAGCCUAAAGAUUUACUUAUUAUUAUUAUAUAUAAGUACACUGUAGCUGUCUUCAGACACACCAGAAAAGGGCAUCAGAUCUCAUUACAGAUGGUUGUGAGCCACCAUCUGGCUGCUGGGAUUUGAACUCACGACCUUCUGAAGACCCAUCAGUGCUCUUAACCGCUGAGCCAUCUCUCCAGCCCCUGUUUUACAGUCUUAAGAUGGUGCUCUAUCUUCUUACUAUUUUUUGUAUGGGUGUUUUUUCUUUAUGUAUUAUGUGUGUACCAUGUGCAAACCUAGGGUCUGAGGAGUCCAGACAGGGCAUCAGUCCUCAGGCACUGGAGCCAGAGUGGGUUGCCAUGUGGAUUCUGGGAAUCGGACCCUGGAGCUCCGGAAGAGCAAUAAGCACUCUUAACCUUUGACCAUCCCUUCAAUUUGACCUACUGAGUAUCCUUUUAAUUUCAGCAGUGCUCAUUUUAGCCAACAUGUAUUCGAAAGGGUCAUUUGGAGAAUUAUGUAAAUUCUAGAUGGCAUUUUUCUAUUUCUUGGUUGCAACAGAGUAAACUCUAAGCCCUCUGUAGAUAGUAUUUCUUGGUUUAUUAUACAGUAUUCUUCCUGGUUUAAUUCAUGAAUAUUUGAGUGAUGAGAAGUCAUUGGAUUGAAUCCUAGAGCAAGAGUAGAGCAAUAGUAACCACUGAUUGAGGUUGCUGUAUGUUUGGGAACAGGCAUGUCAUGUAGGAGCAGCAGUCAGUGCCUUAAUAGUAUUCUCUAUCUUUUUUUUUCCCAGCAAUUAAAUAUAAUUUUUCCUAACUGGUGUUAUGAGAAGAAGUUAGACGGUCAUCCAGGAUUUGUAGUAAUGCUACUAUUUAGAUUUAUGAACAAAAGUAAAGAUCUUGUAUUAGCACCAAGUGGUGUGCAGGUACACAGAGGUAAUCCUGUUUCACCCUUUGCCUUGUUAAAUACGGUUUCUCCUGCUUAUAAUGCCGCUGGUCCACAUACUUUAGGCUAGAUAUUCUGGUCAAGUCUCUGAUUUUUUUUUUUUCUCCCUCUUGCUUAUAGGACUGUUGGGAUUGUAUAUGACCACUACAUCCCGUGUGUUCUGGGGAUCAAACUCUGGUUCAGGCAGCUAGGAUUCUUAUCUGUAGAGCCUUCUACACGACUGACUUGCUCAUUUGUAUUGUUUCAAAGUCAUUUUGGCUGUGAAAUUGCUGUUUAUAUGCCAAUUUCUUGUUCUUGUUGAUGUUAUUCAGGCUGUUUCUAAGAUCACAUUUGUCUCUCUGCAGAUCAGGUUUCUUCAGGGCUUGAGUUCCUGGUAUUACUAAGAAUAUUUAACCAGGCAAUGUGGUACCUACAUGAGUAGACAGAGGCACAUGAGGUUUUAUACGUUCUGAGACCACCUGAAUCUACACAAAGUGAAGCCCGUCUUAGCACAGUCACUCCUACACCAGAAUCUUGAAGGUAGCUAUGCUGAGCAAAAUUUGGUUGUUUUCUUGGCAAGAGCCAGAAAGCACAAUUACCAAAAUGGGAAUAACUCCUUUUUUCUGGGCAUACUUUUUCCCUCUUAACCCAGAAUGUUGUGCAAUAGGGUGCACACCUCACCUUUCCUGGACCGCCCCCCAAGACCUUGGAGCUGGAGUUGAUGUUGAGAAUAGAGUACACGUGCAAGAAGGAAGGGUUUAUUUGGCUCACAGUUCAGGGAAUGCAGCCCAGUAAGAAGGGAAGGCAUGAUGGAACUAGUGUCACAUUGAUUGCAUCCAUAGUUAAGAAGCAGAGAAUAUACAGGAAUUGUGAUUAGGUCAUGAAAUCUCCAGAAAAGCUCCUUCUCCCCACACACACAUCUAAACCGCACCUCCCACAUGAGAACCAAUUGUUCAGAAAGCCUGUGGGUGGCUUGCAUAUCUGAACCAGUACAUUUCUUAUGGUAGGAUGUCCCAUCACUAUAUGUUCUCUAGGUCAUGUGUAGCCCUGGCAUGGGUGAAUGGGGUUGUGGCUGUGAAACAAGGAAUAUAUUGACUUAAGUGGCAAAGGACAGUGGGGGAGCUUUCUCUGUCACAGUACUAGAGCUUGGGUCCCACCUCCCGUGUUUGUGUUUCUCAGUUGCCUGUCAUUCCAGCUCCCAAGGAGCCAAUACCCUCUUCUGGUUUUAGUAGGCACUUGCCCACCUCUGUGUUUAUACACAGUUUCUAAAGAAAACUUGGCUUAACUUGGCCAUCAGAUGAAAUGGUUCUACUAUUUCAGUUUUUAUUAUUAUGGAAUGUAUAUGGUAGCAGUAAAGAAGGUUAACCACACAGCCUUUACUAGGAGGGGAGGUGUCUAGUGGUAGGGUGGUGCUUUUUUAAAAAUUGAAAAUACCAUUUUUUUUCUCCUCCCAGAUCAUUCCCACUUCUCUACCCACCCAACCUUGCUCUUUUAAUCUCUCUCACUCCUCUCUUUUCAAACAACAAUCCCACCAAAGCAAAACAAAACCAAUAUUAAGACACAAGGCAUAUGACAAAAGACAUCCAGGCUAAAAUGUAUGGAUGGACACACACACACUCUUAAAAUAAGGGGCUUAUACCAAACUUUUCCCCUCAAGGCUCAGGUAGGCAUGGGGGAAAGGUAGGUGGAUUGUUUGUUUGUUUUAGUUCAUAAAACAGCCGUUGAGAUUUUUUUGGGUUGGCCAUUACUUGUGGGUACACUCCAUUGAUAGACGAGACUCCAGGGGAGCAAACUGGUUUUAUUUUCUUUGCUACCCUAUCUAUCAGUUGCUGUUACCUUCUUGGUUAGGGGGAAGACCAUGUCCACUUGCUCCUCCCAGUUCCAGGACAUCCUCUGAUUUGAAAACGUGUGCGUGUCCUUGUGUGUUUUAGGGUUUCUGUUGCUGUGAAGAGACAACCCGACUACAGCAACUCUUAUAAAGGAAACAUUUCAUUGAAGUUGACUUUUUCAGAGGCCCAUUAUCAUCAUGGCAGGACCCAUCACACUAUGCAGGCAGAUAGGCUGCAGGAGAAUUAUCUUUUUUGAAUGUACAUUUGGUAGAGGUUUUGUUGAGUCACAUAGGCAUUUAUUCUAUAGGCAUUUAUUUUGCAGUAGCAGAAUUGGGAUUCUGCUCAAAUUAUAGAGCUGGGAUUUCAGAUGAGAAUCUGAAUUCAGAGCACAUGGUGGAAUACUAAAUCUUCGAAAUUAUGUUGAACACAGCAUGCUUUAUUUCCACUUGGCCAUUUUUUUUAUUAUUAUUUUUAAUGCUUUUGUCCUCUUUAAGUUUUUAAAAAAACUUAUGCGCAUUGGUGUUCUAUCUGCAUGUAUGUGUGUGAGAGGGUGUCAGAUCCUGUAGAACUGAAGUCACACAUAGUGAUGACUUUCUGUGUGGAUGCUGGAACUUGAACCUAGAUUUUUUUGGAAGAAUAGUCAGGGCUGAUAACCGCAGCACUAUUGCUCCUGCCUUUUCUCCUGUCAUUUAAAAACAAAGAUGUUUCCAGCCUAUUGCUUCUUCUAUAGGACUUUCUUAGAAAAAUUAAAAAACCAAAAAAUAGUGUUAGUUUCACAUUGAAAGUGGUAUAUGGUUGACUUAAUUUUCUUUAAAGACUUCCACUAAAUACUCGCAUGAUUAGUCCUUUGCCCCCAGCAUUUGUGUGAAGGAGUUGGGUGGAUGUCUGCUGUUAAUACAGAGAGCUAACAUGUGAGCCUGUGUUUGAGUGGCUGAUCUCAGCCUUCCACUUCUACAGGGCCUAUAAUAAUGCAAAUGGGCACAAGAUAUCAUAGAUCUCCUUUUUAUGUCAUAAAAUUAUGUGCACCUUCCAUCUUACUUUUGUGCUCCAGAAGUGACAAGGCCUGCAAGCCUUUGCCUUGUUAAGGAAGCCCAUGAGCUGUUUCAUCAGUGGUGUGGAUUGACUGUAGGACUUAACGUCAUUAUUGCAGUUUCUUGCUGGAGCUGGGUGGAUGGGUGUGGCAGUGUAGAGAUCUGCUGGUGGCAAGCCUUCUGCUUCCUUGCUUGUAUAUUCUACCCCGUUCCCUGUCUGUAAUGAAAUGACGGGUUAUUGAGAAAGCUUCUGGGGAUGCGAACCUUGGCCAAUCUCUCAAGGCCCUUGGGCCUGCCGGGGGCUAAAAUUAGGAACAUUUAAAUAAUAACAUGCUACACAAAUAACAAGUACACAUAAUUACACAGUAAGAGAGGGGAGCUAUUAGCUGCAUUUGAAUUUCAUUUGCUCCCUAUAAAUGUCAUCUCAGAUCAGCAAGCCCUUUUGGCCAGCAAAACAAUUUUGAGUAGAUUUAAUGGAAGCUGUAUUUCUUUCUUUAGAUGUACAGCAGGCAGGAAUGUAAUAGUUAAGCUGUUCUUCAUAUUUCACAGUUAGUGUUGGAAGCCUGUAGCUGUGGUUUGUGCACUCAAACCAUCAGAAUAAAUGAGAAUAAAAUGGAUGAGGAAAACUGUACCUUAAGAAUGGAGUAGCAGUUUGCUUACCCAGCUCAAGCCUGGUACUUCCAGGAUUCAAGCUCAGCCUUUUUGGAGUAGACUCCUAUUUAAUUAAUUUACCACUCAGAUAAAUAGCAAGUAGUUCCUCUUUUUUAAUAACAAAAAAUAUUUAGUACACAAGUUAUUAAAUAGUCAGAUUGCAUUUUGAAAACAUUACAGUGAUUCCUUGUCCCGCCUGCCUCUUAUCUCCUGUGUUCUCCUAGUCUCCCUUUCAUAUCCCAUGUGCCAUUUUGCUCAUCCUGUGUUGCCUGUGGUUCUCUCCCUUGGUGUCCUUUCUAAUUUUUUUCGACCAGGCUUUUAAUGAUGUAGCUGGAAUUGUUAAUUAGGAGAAGUGCCUCAGGAAUGGAGAGGUAAGUAUUUACUAAAGUGACCAUGGUUCUCUAAUUCAAUCAUAGAAGCCAUAAACCUAGUUUUUGGUUCUUUACCCUCCUCUGCUUUGGUCAUAGUCCUUUAAGGUCAUCAGCCACCGUGAGGUGUGUAGUUUCAAGUGCACGGGCCUUUCCCAUCAGUCUGGCGCACGCUUUAUUCAGAUGGACAAUCUUCUGCCUUACUGUCUUGAGUGCUGGGGUCACAGGCAUGUACCACCACUCCUGAUGUCACUACUUUUCUGAUGAAAUUGUGUGUCUAACCAUGAUGCCCAAGUUGAAUUGCCUUGGAAUGUCUUUCACUCUCAUGGAACAUUAGCUGGUACAAAAUGAGUGAAGCAAAAAACCAAAAGAGAUUCCUAUAGAAUAAUUAGGUCAGAAGUCCACAUAGGAACCUGGAGUGAAUAUGGCUAGCAGGGAGGCAGUUGUUGUUGAGGGCCCAUUUUUCAACAACCAUGGAAAGGCUGCAUUGAAGACCUUGCAGAGGGGGGUCCUUGAGAUGAGUUAGGCCUUCUAAUCAAAGAGUACAACUGAUGCUGUCAGUGACAGAGGCUGGGACUUGAAAUUGAGCUCUACUGGAGAGUAGCUGCCAGGACAGAUUUCCAUGACUGGUAUAUGUGUUUGGGCUGUGGGUGAGGGAGAUUAAUUGGUAGCAGAGAUCUUUUUAGCGGUAUGUAGGUCUGUCUCAAUAUUUUAAAACAGGAAUCUUGAGCCUUGAUGAGGAGCUUAAUUUGAAAGAACGGAUCAAACUGAAGACAUACUAGAACCUAGAAACUGAAGACAUACUAGAACCUAGAAACCCAAUUUAAAUGACAACAGUGCCAAGUUGUCCCCAUUCUGGCUGCUCAGAAGGAGGUAUUUCAUGGAGCAUUUGCAGGUGGCACUGCCUAUGUAGGUUAAUGUGUUAUAUCCUGCCUUAGACCUAGUGUCCAACACUCUCAGCCCGCCUUGUGCUUGACCUUUGUGAGGGGUGUCCUUGCUGAUGAUGUCAUCGUUUUCAUGGUCUGUGCAUGCACGGCCACCUGGGGGAUGAGGGGAGUUUUUAGAUGCCACACGGUAAGACCCUUGUCUGCUAAUUUGUUUACAUAAAGACCUAUGAUCUGGAUCCUGGCCUUGAAGAGUUGAUCCUUUAGCAGAUGGAUACAAAGCAGGAUGCUGGAGCUAGAACACUGACUAACUAAUUUGGAGGCCUUCUUGUUGAUUGGCUUCUUUAUGUUGGGAAGAAGACAGUUUCCUGCCUCACCUUAGGGCUAACAAUAAUCCUGUACCACGGACAGUACAGAAUGGUAACAUUAGCGGCAGAAAGAGAUGCAAACUGCCUUCCAUUACAGUCUGGUAGGACACAGGGGCAGAUUACAGCAGGAGUUCAUUGUCUAAGUUGUGUUUUCUUCUGUGCUUAUGUGACACUUUCCUGAUGAUAAGGUAGCAAGAUGUUUAUACUUUUCAAAGUUCUUAUUUGGAUGAAGUCAUUCUAUCUUAAGUGGGGAAAAACCGAUUCAUAGGUAAAGAAAGCUAAUGUAGAAGGCAGGAUGGUUGAGUACCUCUCUGUGUUGUACAGUAUGUGCAGAAGGAUUCAUGUGGUGGCCUUGAAAGGAAAAAUCUGUAGUCUUGACCAUGAGAAUCCUAUGUUGGGCUUUUGGGACGAGGAAGCACUUCUAUAUCUAUAGUGAUUUCGUUUAGUAGCCAUUUUAGUAGGGCUUAAUGGCCAUUUUCUAAGUUUAAACCAUGUGUAAAGGGCAAAAGACCCCUAGGAUCACUAGAAAGUUCUUGAUUCCUACACAGGAGUAGGAAUUUGAGUAAUAGGAUCUGCUUAUUAGUGUUCAUUCUUGUGAAAUGAUAAGGCCACAUGUGUUUUUAAAUUUAACACAUUUCAUGUUUUAAACUCUAAUAUGUAUAUUGAUGGUGCUAUAAAUAUUGUUUAGCACAGUGAACUUCUGUAGUGUUGCAGUCUUUGUGGAAAUGCUCUAUCUACCCCGCCACCAGUUGAAAAUACGUUUUUAUUUCUAAGCUACAUGAAUGUUAGAAGUCCUACAUACGGUGUAUCUUUGAAGCUAGCAGAGUGAUUACCGAUAUUUUAAAGUAUCUAGUAAUACUAGGUAUGUAUAAACCCCUUAAUUUACAAUUCAUUUCUUAAUCUAUUUUGCUGCCAAAAUUUCAUCUAUCCUCUUGGCAUGCCCCCCACCCCCAUACCCUUCCUCCCAAAGUUCACAAAACUUUAUAGCUGUCUCAUCUGAGGAAGCUGGGAGGAUGAUAGGAACAUGAGUAGCUUAGUAGUUUACCACUUCUGCUUAAGAGAAGGGUCAUCUGUGUCCGGCCAGCCCUGAGGAUAAAUCUGCAGAGUGGGCCACUUCCUCCACAUGUCCCCCAUUUCUAUGAGUGUAUCAUUUCAUGCUUUGUGUCUCACUACUGAUUCGGCUCUUGGGAGAUCUGAAGCUCUCUCCUUAAAUAAAACCCAUUCAUUUAUUAUUUCUUUUGUUUCUUCCAUGACUUGGGAGAAUUUUCAAAGGACUCAUACUUAGUAAUGAAUCUAGUGAAAAGCUAUUUUAUUUUGUCACAGGGACACAUGCCCAUGCUGCAAUCCUAGAUACUUGGCAGACUCAAGCAGUAGAUCUUAAGGGUUUGCCAACCUGGGGGUCUCGAAGGGAUGUGGACUGCUUGUCUAAUAGAUACAAGAAGCUGAUUCAGUUUUUAGUAUUGUGCCACCACUGUUCCCAAAGAGGUGGUCCCCCCCACCCCCCGUGGGAUUGCAUCUUGCCGCCUUCUUUAAUACUGCACAAGUCUUUGGGUCUAGCUUUGCUAGAAGACAGUCUGAUGCGCCACACUCGUGGGCACGAUCUCAUGGUGUUCUAACUAUGAGGGAAAUUUACCCAUUCUGCACGGGACUUUGGCUUGUACAGAGUGGGUUACUAUGUACUCUACUUUAUUAGAAGAGUUUUAUGCAUUUUAUUUGUGUGGGAUGGGACGUUGUAUGCUGUGGUGAACAUGUGAAAGUCAGAAGACAGCUUGUUGAGAGUUGGGUCCAUGGGGUUACAGAGGUCACUGGGCAUGGUGGCAGGCAGCCUUAGUCAUAGAUAGGGCUAUCUUCCCAGUUCUUACAAAACAAGCACACUAGAAAGAAAGCCUUGUCCCAAAGUGCUCAUAGGAUUUGCUUCUUUAAAGUCUUACGGUAAUUUUAAACUUGCACCUCUACCUUUUGAUUCCUGGAAGUGUUCUGAUACUAGUGGAAGUGUGCUGUCAAUUGAUUGUUGCUUGUCGCUGUCCCUGUCGAUCCUUAAGUUGUUCUGAGAAAUGUCAUGUGAAAGCACUGUGAUGCCUUAGGUUUCUAUUUUUUUGAACUGUUUGAGAGACAUGCAUCUCCUACCAGUUCCUGCAGAGGUAGGGUUGGACUCCAGUGGGAGGCUAGCAUCUCCUGUUUGCCUGCUUCCUCCUCUCAUUCUCACCACGUGCUGCACAUCUCGACUAUGUGGAGAUAGCCUUUCUAGCCCCUUCUACACUAUGCACCCCACAAAUGUUCUGCUCUGCUAGCCUUCCCAGGCUCUCCUUGCUUGUGUAGAAGUCUUCCAAGGGAAUAGGUUAAGAUUGCCAUCAAGUGGUUGGUCUUGGUAGUGGACAAUAGUGUGCACAUAAGUCCAGUUUCUUAGCCUCUCUGUGCAGAACAGUGAAGUUUAGGAAUAGUGUUUGAGGAGUAAUCUGCUCUUACUUAUUUGAGCUGAUGUAUGUUAAGGAGCCGUCUUUGUAAUCCCAAACUGUGCCUUGUAUCAAAGACAGGUACAGCUGAAUCUAUUUGGCUGGGUUCAGUCUGGCUACUGGAUGGAGUACAGGCCAUUUAGAAGGAGUGUACCUCAAGAUCUGGCUUAAAAGUGCAGUGCGUGUCAAUCCCGUCAAGAUCCUGAUCAAAAGUGUGUCAUCCUACCUCAUGAUCUGGAUUAAAACCCUGUGUCUAUUCCAGCCUAGAGAUCUGGAACACGAGUGUGACCACCAUUUCUGUCUGGUUAUAGUUCAUUCCAGAUAAAGUCAAAUUGACAACCUAGAAUUGCUAUCCACCCCUUGUCAUUCACCACUCGACACACAGUUAUAUCUCCUUAUAUCAUAGAUUAUUUUCACUAAAUUCAAUUCCCAAACAAUAACCAGGUCAUAAUAACGCCUAACAACAUUUCUUGUAAAACCACAGAUGCUUAUUUUAAAUUUACAAUAGGUUCUUGGGGAGCAGCAUCCUUUUAGUAUCUCAAACACAAAUAUGAUUUUAAUUGAUGUUAAAGAAAUUGAAAGAAAAUACAAAUAUGUAAAAAUGUAUUCUUAAUGGAAUCCAGUGGAAGCAGGAGAGUCAGUUAAAAUGCUCAUUUCUGCCGGGCGUGGUGGGGCAUGCCUUUAAUCCCAGCACUCGAGAGGUAGAGGCAGUCGGAUUUCUGAGUUCGAGGCCAACCUGGUCUACAAAGUGAGUUCCAGGACAGCCAGGGCUAUACAGAGAAACCCUGUCUCGAAAAACCAAGAAAAAAAAGAGAGCUCAUUUCUGCAACUGCUCACAUGGUUCAUAGAUGGUAUUUAUAACUACUUCUUCUCUUCAUUCUGCAUUAUCUCCAUCCUCUGCAAGCACCUCAGCCCGUCCUGGUUCUUUUCCUGGAAAAGUGACCCUUACCUUCUUUCCUCAUGGGAAUCCUUUUGUCCUUCUGCCUGGAUAGGCUGUUGUAGUUUCCCAUGGACUUUAAACAGGGCAUGGCAACACUAAGAGAAGCCCUACAGGAUCUCCUUCACUCCAGACAUAAUCUUUCUGCAGCAGAAAGCCCUAUAUGUUUGGCUCCUGUUGUUUUUCUAUUUCUAAAAGUAAAGUAGUAAUUUUUCUCUCUCUCAGGAGUGUCAGUCUCAGAAUCGGUGAGGAUUCCUUUGACGUCUUAGUAGAAAGCACACCCUGCAGAAGGUGAUUAGGGUUGAGGCAGCUGCACGCAGGAGCAGACCACUUGGAAAGAAUUGAAGACCAGGUGUGCACCGUUCCAAGGUUCUGGAUGUCAGUACCUUGAAAUCAGGAUCCAUUCUAAUACUAAGAGCUAUGGCUUUGACCCGGCCACCUUUACUUUCCCCUUGCAGGCUCUCCUCCAUGGCGUGGGUAAGGAAGGACUGUCCUACGAGCAUAGAAGGUGGUCCGAAUUAGCAGGUGCUCCUACCGCUGUAUGCAGUUGCUUGCCCUUGAGAUCUGUGAGCUGCCUGCGGUGGUAGUGGUUUAACUGCCUUUGAGCUGCAUGAGAAAGGUUUCUGCUUGCUCAUUUGGAAGGAGAAACCUUAUUUGGAGGGAAAAAACAAAGAAUGGAAAAAUAUCCAAAUGGUGUAAAUAUGAAACAGUGGAAGAAAAAAACCUUUGGACCUAUUUUGAACAGUUAUUUCAAACUGAACGAGGGUAUACUUUAUAGUCAUCCACAUUACAAUCUGUCAAGUCAUAUUAAGCCAGAAUUCCUGGAUUCUAGCCAUCUCAAGCAAUAUUGAACACAUCAAAAAUUUUGAAUGUGUUGGAAUGAACAUUGACAUUGGAUCUUAAUUUUCAUUCUCUUAGUAGCAGAAAUAAUCAGAUUACCAGAAAUAAUCCGUAGCAGUAAGUUUACAGAUUUUGCAGUAUAUUUGGAGACUUUGAUGGCUAAACAUAAUUAGGAAAUCUGAGAUCCAAAGCACCUCUAAAGCAGAGUUUUUUGAGCAUCAUAAGGGCUUUGGGUUUUGUGGGUCUUGAGACAUUGCUCUAUGGUUUAGAACACUUGUGGUUUUUCUUGGGUGGGCUUGGCUGUCCUGAGUCCAGCACUGAAGAGCAGACUGGCCUUGUACUUAUCCUCUGCCCCCAGAGAGGAACACUUUUUUCUUGUAGAUAAAAGGACGCUGGUUUGGUUCCCAACAACCACUCACAUGGUAGCUCUAGUUGCACUUACAUGGGUACUGACGAUUUGUUUCUGAUUUCCAAGUAAGUGCACUGAGUACAAAUGGCACACAUAUAUACAUGCAGACCUGGGCCUGAUCCCCAGGACCCAGAUGGUAAACUAACAAUCUCUCUCUCUCUCUCUCUCUCUCUCUCUCUCUCUCUCUCUCUCUCUCACACUCUCUCUCUCUCUCUCUCUCUCUCUCUCUCACUCACACACACACACACACACACACACACACACACACAGGUGUUAGCUUUGUCCCAUUCAUUGGGUAUGGCAGAGAAUGACUUUCUGGUAUUUAUAUGGCAUAUUGUCUACAUUGUAUUUUUGGACCAGGAGUUGUCUUUUUUUUUUUUCCCCUUUGGAUGAAUGCAUGGAAGGUCCUUGUGAAGUCUCUGUCAAAGAACCAAGGCUGUAUGGUGUGUUCAUCUCCCUAAUCCCGUGCAAUGCAGAAAACCGAGUGUGAGUGCUGCACUACCUCUUGGUCCAGGUGUUACCAAGUUAAUAACCUAAAAAGUGAUUUUCAUUAUGAAUGGGUUUAGAAGCCAUCUUGAUGUGGCCUGGGAGUAAAGGAAGGUCUCAAAGUUUACAAUGGGGACCCAAAGAGAGAUAAUAGGCAGUGUGCACUAAAUACCAGCAAUAGUUACAAACUGUGUUGAAGCUCUUGUAAAUAUAUUGUUGCUUUCUGACAUAUAAACUUCUAAAUAUAACAUUACUGAAGUCUCUCACUUGUUGGCAUCCAUUUUUACUCUAGAAGCCCAUUUUUACAUUAUUAAGUAUACACUCUUGAUUUGAAUAUGUGCAAGUAUGCAGUCAGAUAUACAGAUCAGAGAUCAGCUUUCUCUGUCUAUUCCCUUUCCACUAUGGGGUCAGGCUGUUAGUCUUCCAUUGCAAGUACUUUCAUCCCCUGAGCCAUUGUGCUAGCUGGUUUACUAGUUUAGAACGAUACUAGCUGUGUAUGAGCGAAUCAAGUUAAAAGAACCAGAUGACGCUCCUUCUUAAACAAUAUUUCACUGUAAGUUUCAUAUGUUCGUUGUUCCUUAAGUUCAAAGUUCCUGCAUUUCUCUUUCUGCCAGCAGCCCUCCAAAUGUGUUUCUCAGUGUUGUAUAAGUACAUACUUUCAAAAGAUUGACCACUCCCAUCUUUAACUUUAUGUGUUUUUUUUUUUUUUUUUUUUUUUUUUUUUUGUUUACCUCUUAAAAUCAGUUGAGUGCUUUUCAGAUAUUUUAAAAUCGAUCUCACCGGGCGUGGUGGCGCACGCCUUUAAUCCCAGCACUGGGGAGGCAGAGGCAGGGGGAUUUCUGAGUUCGAGGCCAACCUGGUCUACAAAGUGAGUUCCAGGACUGCCAGGGCUAUAAAGAGAAACCCUGUCUUGAAAAACCAAAAAAAAAAAAAAAAAAAAUCAAUCUCCCAGCCAUACCCUUCUUCAAUCAAAAUGUAUUUAUUGGGAUGCUUCUCUGUUGAAUCUUGAUCAGGAUGCCGUCAGUGGUGCUGUUUCUUGAAGGAACAGCCUUCUCUCAUUCGUGCUUUUCUGCCUAUGAGCUGACAGUGGAGCAGCCAACAUAAAGACUGCUGUUUGUGCAUGGCUUUGGUGAUUUUAUAGUGUCCUUGCAUUUCAUACCCACCCUAAGUGGGCUUCUAUACCAUAUACGUGAUCUAGUAUUUCCUCUCCUAUGUAUCCUGGAGAAGGAGAGAAUCAUCCCUUGGGAGGUCAUGUUCUCUACAGGGAGGCCAUCACCACAGCGGAAGCCAUUCCUCUAAUGUUUGCCUGGCGGCCCUCCCACUCAUGGCUGUAUGGCUUUAGCUUUCCUGGAAACUCAGCUCUGUAGGCUUUUGUAGGCUUUGCUUUAACCCCUAACACGUGUUUACCUGCCUCUUCCUCCCGAAUGCUGGGACCAACGCUGUGUCACCAUUACCUACCUGUUUUGUUCUUUCAAUUACAGUUUUGGUCUCUUGGUCUUUUCGAUGUUGUUCAGAGCAGGCAAUGUUUAAAAAGCUUUGGGACACUUGAUUUUUGGAAGCUAAUUAAUAAUACAACAUAAGAUUAUAGACCCUUUCUAUCUUGUUCUGCUUAGUAGGCCGUGUUCCUGUGACUUGCUCUAAGCCUACUCAGCCAGUAAGGACACUGGGACUGGAACAUGCAGUCUUGUUCUGCUUGUACUAUCCUUAGAGAAAUACCUCACCAGACUAGAUUCUCUCUCUAAUACUCUACAACUGCAUAGAGGCAUCUUUAAUUUUCAAAUUAUCCCAUUUUGCAAAGAGCCCUGGCAUUUUUUAAUCUGGCCUUCUGUUCUGUACUCUAGACUACAUUGUUGUGAUGCCCACUUAAGGGUACUACCUCAUUAAUGACCACCAUUUGAUCCAAUGGGAAAGGGAAACAGAGGGUUAUAGUUAAGGUUAGACAUUGAGUAUUAUCUCUUCUGACUCAUUUCCCCACUAUGAAUGCUUUUUAGUUUAGUUGAUUCUAGUGGUAUUUUAUUAGCACGAACAAACAAGUUAGCUGUAUGAAAUUUGUCACUCAAUGUGGAUCACUCUUUUGAGUUACUACAAUUAUUGGUAUUAUUAUGUUAUUGUAUGGGAUGGCCCCGAUGCCACAUUGGUUAUCAGCACAACUGCAUGUAUUACCCAGUAUGUGCAGGCCUCCCUCCCCUCUUUGGCAUUUUAAGAAUUAUCAAGGCCAUUUGGUAGGCUUGUGUAUACAUAAUCCUGCUUGGUAGAGAGCCAGUGCACUAAAGCUUAGUAAAAUAAAAAUCUAAACAAAUAAUUACAUGCAAUUGUCCGUGUACCUGAUUUUAAUAAUAACAAUGGUUUUAGUAUAUUUGGUUAUUAUAUAUUAAUAUCUUAUAUUAUAUAUUAAUAAAAGUCAAAUAUUAGCCCAGUGUAUCCUUUUUUCCACCUUUUUGGAUCUUGUUUUAAUAAAUCACACCUAGGUGACAGGAUCAUUACAAGAAAUUGGUCAAAAGGAUCAUUAGGGUGUAGGCAUCCUUUGACACUGUUGGGAGAUUCCUUACAGAUACCAAAGCUCAUGGAAGACUCAUAUUUGUAAAACUUUAUAGCCAGGAAUGUUCUUGUAUCUAGUCUUCCACUACUCAGGAUGUGUGACAGGAGAAUUGUCAGUUCAGUUCCAGUUUGGACAAGAUGGUGAGCUAAGGCCAUCUUAGAUCUUGGGGAGUAUUAAGGGAAACUAGAUUCUGAAACUUCAUUUCUCUCCAACUGUAUGUGUGAUAGGUUUCCUCUAUUGCACUUUCCCCAGAACUGGUCAUCACCAAAGUAUCUUGCCCAUCUUCUUUCCAGUUUUCUGCAGUGGGUGCUUUCAGUAUUGAAGAGCCUAGAGGAGCCCUGCAAAGAGGGAAACAGGGGUGGGGAGAUUCUUGAAUGGCCCCCCUGUCUAAAGAGACAUGGUAACUUGGAGUGUGGUUGGAAACCAGACUAUUCUAAGCCACAGCUUUAUCAUUUAUACAAUAGAUUCGCACCAUUCCAUAUGUGGGUAUUACAGGCUUCAGAGGAGAUUGUCACUUCCCUCUUCAGGAAGUGCUGAAAUGCAGGAAAUUUCUUAGGUGAUCUAAGAAAUGACCAUGGUAACUGUCAGGCAUCAUACCCCAGGGAAAGCUAGUAUCUGCCUUUACCAUUUGCAAUUAAAUUAUGACUAUAUUUUAAGAGCCCAGAAAGGUAAGAAAAACAGAGUCAACUUCUUAGGCUGGGGUGUUCCAGUCCUUGAGUGUGAACUUCAAUUCAGUGCUCCGCUCCUGCUUUUAGACACCAUCUUUACCUUUCUUGGAAGGACAUAAAGAGAAGCAUGUGGGUAGUGUAAAGCGUGUAUUCUGCACAUCAGCAUUGUCAGAUGAAGCUCAAAAGCUUCAAAGGAAAUAAAUGACGUUGAAAAUAAAAAAAGACAGACAGACAGACAGACAGACAGACAGACACACACACACACACACACACACACUCCCUCCCUCCAGCUACUGGAGGCCAGUUGGAUGCCUGCCUUUUUCACCCCUCUCAGCAGCUGCCAGGCUACAGAGCCUGUUUUGUGAAAGAUCAAGAAACAAUGAGGGAAAACAGCUUCAGCUUGAUUAGAUUAGAUCAAUUUAUGUGCCUGGGGAGGGGCCUAGGCAGGGCUGGGGGAGGGGUGUCCUGUGCUGGCAGUGGCCCAUGCCUGCCCAUUCGGUCACUUCAUAAGUAAUGAAGCUCCCGUGGUGGCUGGAAUUGCAGGAAGGGGGAGGGAGGAGGUGGAGGAGGAGCAUGUGAAGAGAGAUUUCUGCAGUCUGUCUGGAGAGCUGCCCAGGGUUCCCAGCCAAAAAAACAAACAAAAAUAAAUAAAAGCCAAGUGCUGAAUGACACAGAUUAUGAUAUUAAAAAGGGAUACUAUUGAAACAUUGCCCUGUUUCCUACUGUUGUUGGAAAUGGGUGUGUGCAGAAGCGAGGGGCGGUUAGUGCACUGUACAACAGGCCAUUCCUUGGACACAAAAGUCCGUACAAUUAAAUUGUGAAUGCCCCUCGCCAACGUCCCCUCCCCCACCUCAUGCCAGAAAUUCUGUAAUUUUGAUUUGUCUGCAUUGCAGGUCAUGGAAAUAGCAGGAUGGAAAGCUAGUUUCUUUUGCCUUUUCUCAUUUUAAUUCAUCAAAAUGGUAAAAAGCGGGGAGGGGGAAAGUCAGCCAGAUGCCCCCUCCUUUUCAGUGUUCAAUUCUCUUCCAGGCACAUAAAUAAUCUUCUCUCCCGACUGUCUCCCCUCCCCCUUGGCCCCCGCUGGUGUUCGGCUGUCCUAUUGCCGCGCGGAAUCUGCACUGCCGCUUGCUUAUUACGUACAGGGGAGGAUUGUUGACAAGUGCUCCGGAGCCUGCCUCACUGCGCUCUCCCUUCCUCCCUCCCUUCCUCUGUCCUUCUUCCUCUGUCUCUGCAAUGAUCCGGCUCUGAGGAUGGCUGCUCCACGGGUCUGUCAGGUGCAGUUUUUGGUGGCUUAUCUUGAGGAACCUGGGAUAGAAGGGCUUCUUGGUAAUGCCCAGGCUAAGGCACUAGGACCAGCCUCAGAGCAGUCAGAGAACGAGAAGGAUGAUGCCUCCCAAGUGUCCUCUACUAGCAACGAUGUUAGUUCUUCAGAUUUUGAAGAAGGGCCGUCGAGGAAAAGGCCCAGGCUGCAAGCACAAAGGAAGUUUGCUCAAUCUCAGCCGAAUAGUCCCAGCACAACUCCAGUGAAGAUAGUGGAGCCUUUGCUACCCCCGCCAGCUACUCAAAUUUCUGACCUCUCUAAAAGGAAGCCUAAGACAGAAGACUUUCUUACCUUUCUCUGCCUUCGAGGUUCUCCUGCGCUGCCCAACAGUAUGGUAUAUUUUGGAAGCUCUCAGGAUGAGGAGGAUGUCGAAGAGGAAGAUGAUGAGACGGAAGAUGUCAAAGCAACCACCAACAAUGCUUCAUCUUCGUGCCAGUCAACCCCCAGGAAAGGAAAAACCCAUAAGCAUGUACACAACGGGCACGUUUUCAAUGGCUCCAGUAGGUCAGCACGGGAGAAAGAGCCUGCUCACAAACACAGAAGCAAAGAGGCCACUCCGGGGAAGGAGAAGCACAGCGAGCCCAGGGCAGACAGCCGGAGAGAACAGGCUUCAGGGGCUCAGCCCACGGCCGCCUCGGCUGCGGCUUCCUCUGCCAAGGGACUUGCUGCCAACCACCAACCUCCCCCUUCGCAUCGGUCUGCUCAGGACUUACGGAAACAGGUGUCUAAGGUAAAUGGAGUCACUCGAAUGUCAUCUCUGGGUGCAGGUACAAACAGUGCCAAAAAGAUCCGAGAAGUCAGACCUUCACCAUCCAAAACUGUGAAGUACACUGCCACAGUGACCAAGGGGACUGUCACAUACACCAAAGCCAAGAGAGAACUGGUCAAGGAAACCAAACCCAACCACCACAAACCCAGUUCAGCUGUCAACCACACAAUCUCAGGGAAAACUGAAAGUAGCAAUGCAAAAACCCGCAAACAGGUGCUAUCCCUUGGGGGGGCGUCCAAGUCCACCGGGCCUGCUGCCAGUGGCCUCAAGGCCAGCAGCAGGUUGAACCCAAAGUCAUGCACUAAGGAGGUGGGGGGGCGGCAGCUGAGGGAGGGGCUGCGGAAUUCCAAAAGGAGACUGGAAGAGGCACAGCAAGUGGACAAGCCGCAGUCACCCCCCAAGAAGAUGAAGGGGGUGGCAGGCAAUGCUGAAGCCCCUGGCAAAAAGGCCUCAGCGGCUUCAGGAGAAAAGUCUCUGCUGAAUGGACACGUGAAGAAGGAAGUGCCCGAGCGAAGUUUGGAAAGGAAUCGGCCAAAGCGGGCCGCGGCUGGCAAGAAUAUGCUGGGCAAACAAGCACAUGGCAAGACAGAGGGCACCCCCUGUGAAAAUCGUUCUACCUCGCAACCCGAGUCCUCGCACAAGCCGCAUGACCCACAGGGCAAGCCAGAGAAGGGGAGCGGCAAGUCUGGGUGGGCAGCGAUGGACGAGAUCCCUGUCCUCAGGCCCUCCGCCAAGGAGUUCCACGACCCGCUCAUCUACAUCGAGUCAGUACGUGCUCAGGUGGAGAAGUACGGGAUGUGUCGCGUGAUUCCCCCUCCAGACUGGCGGCCAGAGUGCAAGCUCAACGAUGAGAUGCGCUUUGUCACGCAGAUCCAGCACAUCCAUAAGCUGGGCCGGCGCUGGGGCCCCAACGUGCAGCGGCUAGCCUGCAUAAAGAAGCACCUCAGAUCUCAGGGCAUCACCAUGGAUGAGCUCCCCCUCAUAGGAGGCUGUGAGCUCGACCUGGCCUGCUUUUUCCGGCUGAUUAAUGAGAUGGGCGGCAUGCAGCAAGUGACUGACCUCAAAAAAUGGAACAAACUAGCAGACAUGCUGCGCAUUCCCAAAACUGCCCAGGACCGGCUGGCCAAGCUGCAGGAGGCCUACUGCCAGUACCUGCUUUCCUAUGACUCCCUGUCCCCCGAGGAGCACCGACGGCUGGAGAAGGAGGUGCUGAUGGAGAAGGAGAUCCUGGAAAAGCGCAAAGGGCCAUUAGAGGGGCACACGGAGAGCGACCACCACAAGUUCCACUCCCUGCCCCGCUUUGAGCCCAAGAAUGGGCUCGUCCACGGUGUCACACCUAGGAAUGGAUUCCGUAGCAAGCUCAAGGAGGUGGGCCGGGCCCCACUGAAGACGGGCCGGCGGCGGCUGUUCGCUCAGGAAAAAGAAGUGGUCAAAGAGGAGGAAGAAGACAAAGGUGUCCUCAAUGACUUCCACAAGUGCAUCUAUAAGGGAAGAUCUGUUUCUCUAACAACUUUUUAUCGAACAGCAAGAAACAUCAUGAACAUGUGUUUCAGCAAGGAGCCCGCACCAGCAGAGAUUGAGCAAGAGUACUGGAGGUUAGUGGAAGAGAAGGACUGUCAUGUGGCAGUUCACUGCGGAAAGGUGGACACUAAUACCCAUGGCAGCGGGUUCCCGGUGGGAAAAUCAGAACCCUUUUCAAGGCAUGGAUGGAACCUCACUGUCCUCCCAAAUAACACAGGGUCCAUCCUGCGUCACCUUGGUGCUGUGCCUGGAGUGACUAUUCCCUGGCUAAAUAUUGGCAUGGUCUUUUCUACCUCAUGCUGGUCUCGAGACCAAAAUCACCUUCCAUAUAUUGACUACUUACACACUGGUGCUGACUGCAUUUGGUAUUGCAUUCCUGCUGAGGAGGAGAACAAGCUGGAGGACGUAGUCCACACUCUGCUGCAGGGCAAUGGUACCCCAGGGCUGCAGAUGCUGGAGAGCAAUGUAAUGAUCUCCCCAGAGGUGCUGUGCAAGAAGGGGAUCAAGGUCCACAGGACUGUACAGCAGAGUGGGCAGUUUGUCGUCUGCUUCCCGGGAUCCUUUGUGUCCAAAGUAUGUUGUGGCUACAACGUCUCAGAGACAGUGCACUUUGCUACCACCCAGUGGACAAGCAUGGGCUUCGAGACUGCCAAGGAGAUGAAGCGCCGCCAUAUAGCUAAGCCAUUCUCCAUGGAGAAGUUGCUCUACCAGAUUGCACAAGCAGAAGCAAAAAAGGAAAAUGGUCCCACCCUCAGUACCAUCUCAGCCCUUCUGGAUGAGCUCAGGGAUACAGAGCUGCGGCAGCGCAGGCUGUUGUUCGAGGCUGGCCUUCACUCUUCUGCACGCUAUGGCAGCCACGACGGCAACAGCACAGUGGCGGAUGGGAAGAAAAAGCCUCGAAAGUGGCUACAGCUGGAAACUUCAGAAAGGAGGUGCCAGAUCUGCCAGCACUUGUGCUACCUGUCCAUGGUGGUACAGGAGAAUGAGAAUGUCGUGUUCUGCCUGGAGUGUGCACUGCGCCAUGUGGAGAAGCAGAAGUCUUGCCGUGGGCUGAAGCUGAUGUACCGCUACGAUGAGGAGCAGAUCAUCAGUUUGGUCAACCAGAUAUGUGGCAAAGUGUCUGGCAAACACGGUGGCAUCGAGAACUGUCUCAACAAACCCACACCAAAAAGAGGUCCCCGCAAGAGAGCGACCGUGGAUGUGCCGCCAUCUCGGCUCCCAUCCUCAUGAAGAUGCCGAACCCAUGGUCACUUAUAUAUUUUUUGUAAUUACUAUAUUCUAGUUUGGAGUACUUGCUGUAGGAUACAAGCUGUCUUUGCACUAGCUCUAAAGAAGAAUUUCUUCUGGUUUUAGAGAACUGAUUUUGUUUUAGCAUUAAACUGUUCAAGUUUUUGUACGUAGAUAUCUAGAUACUGCAGUCAGGUUUGGAAGCUGCCGUACACUCACUGUCUAAAACCCUUGAGGGGCUGUAUUAAUUUGUAUCGCCCCAUGGCUGUGAAAUGCCUUUUUUUUUGUUUGUUUGUUUUUGUUCUGUUUUGUUUGGUAACUGUUGAGGAAUAAAGGCUUUUUAACCCAUUUUUGAAGAUGGUGAAGUUUGGAGAACAAAUUUUAAAACCAUCAGUCAGAUGAGAUUUUUCUAGAUUGGAAAAGGGAUAGAAGAUACACACACACACACACACACACACACACACAGAAAAAAGAAAACUUGAAAUGGCUUUACUUUGGCUGUCUUUUCUUCUGUCAUGUGCGAAGGGAGUUUGUAACUUUUGGAACCGGAGAGCCCUGUUUCUUUGGCUGGGCGGUUAUGGCAGCUGAAGGCAAACUGUGAGGUUUGAGUGACGAGGUUCUCAUACCAGCACAUCACUAUGCAUCCGUUCGAGGGAGAGAGAGACAAAGACAAAGACUGCCUGCCUUGGAGGGUCACUGAGGGAGACCUGUGCCUGAUUUCAUUAGGAAAUCCAUUCUGUUAUUUUUUUUUGGUGCUGUUGGCUACUUUAUCAAAAAAACAAAAAACAAAAAAACAAAAAACCCUUCAAUAGCAUCCUUGAGGAAAAGGAACAGCAGUUGACUGUAAGUGCUUCCCUGUCAUCCAUGUGCAAUUUCCCGACAUUCCACCUCCAUCUCUGCUUGUGUCCCUCACAUCAGCAUUAAUCUUUGUUUCCCUCACACUUAGAGCCACUAAGUCUGCAGUUCUUUUUGAAUGUGAAACACAUCUGUGCUCCUCUUGUCUAUUUUUUCUCUUCAUGUUUUAACAAAAAAGAAAAAAAGAAAAAAAAUCCCAUCCCUUUUGUACAUACUCCUGUAAAUUGUUUUAAAUACUUGAGCCUUUUCUUGGAGGGGGAGGGAAGGGGUGAGAAGAUGGAGAAAAGCCUUACGUUUCCGUUUCUUCAUCGGCUGAUUGGAUGCUUACAGGGUUCUCUUGUGACAUGUAUAAGUGCUGCUUACAUCACUCAACAGCAACAGAACGUGGUAGUGGAGUAGCUGUUGCCCUUCUCCGGCUGUGUGUACAGUAUGUGUGGAAUAAAAAAGGGAAACUGUUUUCACAA